AUGGACUUAAGGACAAAAAGCAGGAAAAAAGGGCUAAUGUGCGGACCGCAAAAUUCCUUCUGCGGCCGCAGAAUGCAAAGGAAAUCCAACAGAGCCCAAGAGCAAUGUGCGGACCACACAAUUAUUGUGCGGCCACAAAAGCUAUGCUACAUUUUAAGUUCAGAGAAGUCCCAGUUCAUGCAUCAAGAUAUGCGGCCGCAAAAGUCAGCCAGCGGCCGCAAAAGUCAGCCAGCGGCCGCACUCAGAUUUGUGCAGUCAACAGAAAGGGCUUGUGCGGCCACACCAGGAAAUGUGCGGACCGCAGAAUACUCCAGAUGUGACUGCAUCCCAGAAUUAUGCAUAGACUAUCCUAGUAAAGCUGUGGAUUGGCUCAUCAAAAAGGCUAAACCCGCCAUUGAUGAACUAGCUGAGUUACCCGCCUGGAAACCCACACUUGGUUCUGUUUCUGUAUCUGCAUCUGCUGCAAACACUAGUAAUCUUGAACAAGACCAAUCUCAAGAUGAGAACUUUACAUUCCACCAAGAAAAUGCUACUACUAAUUUGUUUGAUAAUGCUGCUGGCCCUUCUAAUAAAAGGGCAAUGGCAACUCUGCGGAAUGAAACCAAUACUAGUGGUAGCUUUCUGCCUCCAUCUUUAGAAUCUGAUGCUAUUGCUGAUACUAUUAAGUCCUUUUUCCCAAUGGGUUCUUCAACAGCAGCAAAUUCUUCAGCUAUGCAGUUUCAGAGCUUCCACCAAGAGACUAACAAUAUGUUGUCAAGAACCAGUAGCCAGAACCAAGAUUUGAGGCUCUCUUUACAAUUUCAAGAUCCUAUUUUGCUGCACCACCAAAACCAGCAAGCUCAACACCAGCACCAACACCAACACCAAACCAACAAUCAUAGGGAAGAGCUUCAAGCACAAGUAGGCCACUUUACCCCACUUGGGUUUGACAGCUCAGGCUGCUGGUCGUCUAUGCAUCAGCAGCAGCAACCAGUUGGGAGGGUGCAAAGACUUGCUUCUUGGAAUGAUAAUAGAGACACUACUGCCCAAGGUGGUGGGUACUUGUUCAAUUCACAACCAGGGCAGCCGCCGCUGCUGCAGCAGCUAUUUGGCGGCCAAAAUCAGUUUUAUACACAGAGGGGACCCCUUCAGUCCAGUAACACACCUUCGGUUCGAGCAUGGAUUGACCCAACAUCAUCCGCCAUUGCAAUUGCCUCAGCUGAUCAAGCAGUAUUACCCAUGUAUCAUCAUCCAUCCACAAUUCCUCCUGGUUAUGGAUUUGCCUCUGAAAUAGGCGGAUUCUCUGGGUUUCGUAUUCCUGCUCGAAUCCAAGGUGAAGAAGAGGAGCACGAUGGUAUAUCCGAUAAGCCAUCCUCUGCUUCCUCUGAUUCUCGCCAUUGAGUUUGGCUCCAGCAAAAUUCUCUCUUUAUCCGCUGACAGGAUUUUCUUUACUUGAAUGAAAUUGGAAACAUACAGAAGUCAUGCUGUAAGAGAGCCUGGAGCUGAGAGAGUUCAUUAUCGAGUCUGAUUCAAUGGCAAAUGCACCGUGUCGAAAUGAACCCUGAUCAUAUUUUCAGGUGGUUCUUCGAUUCGGUCUAAUAUUAUUAGUUAUUAAAAUGUUCUUGCUUUCCGUUGUUGUGUAAUAGAGCUUUUCAAGCUCAACUGCUACUCUAGGAGUGAUAUGUGUUUAGACUUUUCAUGUUGCUGCUGUUUGCUUUUAUUUCAUGAAUUAAAGACUUUCAAGCUAGAAUUGGUAAUGUUCUAUUAACUAUUUUCAAGUAUUGUAGAACUAUUUGCUCUUAGUAAUAAGGCAUUCUUGAAUGUGA